GCGGUGUCGGAGAACGCACACGUGACACCACUUGCAGCCUCACCUCGUCUCAACGACCAGCCGUUGUACUUGGAGGCUGUGCGUGCAGCGAUGGGCGCUGCGACGAUAUUUCUUCGAUGCACAUUGCAUCGAGGUCAUCUCAGUUGCGCGCUGGUGUCCGGUUGCAGAUCCGAAUUCCUCGUGCAAACCCUAUAAUUGGAAGUCACAAAUACACCAUUCGGUCCAAAAGUGGAUGAUGCUGUACGGAUGACACCAGUCUUCAUUAGUGUCUGAGUCAUUUCUCUCUUCACUGUUCUUCUCCCUUGACAUCUCGGUUGAGCGCCAGGCGCUGAUACCAUCCCUAGUCAGAACCCCCAAUGGCGAGCAUUUCGUCUUAUCACGACCGUAAGGCUGUGAAGGCUAUACGAAGCCCGGCCGCUUUCGAGGAAGAUCUUCACAAGCGCUGAUUGUGCAGCCCUUGUGGUUAUCAGUCACGCUCCCGGAGCCGAGCGCUGAAUGGGGCUGUGCAUGAUGCGUGGGCUUAGGAAGCUCUCCUGGACGCAGUCAAACACUGUUGGCGGUCUCCGAUGAAGGUCAAACAGCGACAAUGGCGGUAAUGACACGCCGACUGAUAUGGCUGGCUCUGUCGCCGUGCUGUGGACACGGAUGGCUAGAACCAUUGCUGCUUUGUCGGGUGAAACAUCACCUCAAAUCUGGCUCCUCGAACCAUACAACACUUCCGUCCAUGCCUGCCAGCCCGGAGUCGUCUCCAACCACCACCAAGAAAUCAAACCCGUUUACAAAGCGGCGGAGAGCUUACAUGGCAUGCACAAAUUGCAGGCAGAGGAAAAUCAAGUGCAUCACAUCAUCCGAGGGCGACUCCCGUCCGUGCACUCGAUGCGCGAAGCGCAAGCUCCACUGCGAAUACGUUGCCGUGCCCGAAGAGCUGGCGUACCAGCACGAGCAGUCGCACUCGCCAGAACCUGGGUCUUCGCUGAGCUCCCAAUAUCCUGAAACUGACGGCCGGUGGCCAUCUCAAUCGAUCACGCCGCCCUCCGCUGGCCUAAGAGCCGCGGCGGAGCAACGUAGUUUGGGGGUGUCUGAACCGUCUUACCCACGCCCCGGCUUUCCUGGUCAUCCGCAGUACAGCCUGUUUGCUGCGCAGCAAGCGCAGGCUGUGGCAGGCGGGUUGCCUGGCCCACACACCGGUCAAAGUUAUCCGUACACAGAUUACUACGACCGGGCAGGAUAUCCGCAGCAGUAUGUUAGUUGUGUCUGUCCUCCAUCCGGUGCUUGUUAUUGCGGUGGAAGAUACCAUCAGCAGCCAUAGGACUCUCUAUUUGACCCUCGAUGAGCAAGUGAUCGCUCGUUUU